GUGAUAUAUGGGCUAUAAGUCAAAGAGUGGUAUUCUUAUUGUCUGCUGGAAUGUGCAUACCAUGUGUUCAGAGAGACCAGUUGAUGGAUGAUGAAGAUGAUGAAGAGCCUGCCCUGCACGUAAAGCGUAGAUCCAGGAGGUCGUCCCAUAGAAUGGUGAAUACUAUACCCCCCUUACUCCACUCCUUUCACGCUGUAACCAAUAAAACCCACUGGUGUACAGUUCCACACCCACUUCUCUGGUCAGGAAUCUUUGUCCACCUGUGCACCUUCACACCUGGCUUCAUUUUAGCUCCUCUAGCCGUGAGUCAAAGUACAAAACUGCCGCAGUUAUCUGAUAACUGCUGCCUAGAUGUGAUAACGGUAUUCAUCAUGGCACUAUAAAAGACAAGGAUUCAUUGGCUAAUGUGUUUCAUACUGACUUAUUCACUUAAGUUACAAACAACAAAAGUACUUAUUCAUCUUUCUGUGCUUUGCACCUCCUCUCUGUUUCACUUGUCCUCUCUUGCUACAGUUAUCACUUCCUGUCCACCGUUCUUCCCAUACUCUGUCCAUAGUUCUGGUUUUCUGUCCCAGCAGAUAGUGCCUGAGGAUCUCAGGCCUGUAUUGACAGAUCAAGUCUCGUCGGAGUCCAAAGGGAGGGUUCAUCACAGACUGGACAGUCCAGCUCGGGCUGAACCUCCCUCUUCUUCAUCCAGACCUGCUCAGCUCCGAGAGGAAAAGCCACAGCUGAGUCUUCCUAAACUCAGCAAGGAUUCAUCUCACAAGCCAGUCGCUCUGCUCAACACCGCUCUGCUAGAGGAACCUGAGCCAAGUAUCAAACCUUUACGUCCAGCAGCUGCGAGUCCAAGGCCAGCUGCCAAGCCAUCGUGCCCUUCCUCCCCUUUGGUUCAACUCGCCAAAAUCGAUGCAGUCACCUUUAGCCCCAUGAGUAACAUCUCACCCAUUAAGAGACAAGAGAGCCACUGGUCAGACCAGUUUGGAUCUAAGCCCGGUGGUGUCUCUGCAGCACUGGAGGAGUGUGUCCCUCCAGAUGUCCUGCUGCAUGAAAGGAGGCAGCAGAAAAUCACCAGCUUCCUGUCAACAUGCAGCCCUUUGAAGACGCUCAACUGCACGUCCACGCUGUCCAAGGAUGUGUUAGUGAGACAGGUUGAGAAAAUUGCAGCCAGCGAGCAAGCCCCCAAAGUGGAGGAGACUGACAUUCUGAAGGAGCUGUUCCCCAAUGACAUCAAUAGUCCAACAGGAAUCACCGCCACCUGUCGACGACCCAUUAAAGGAGCUGCCCGGCGUCCAAUCAAGUCCAGUGACCUGUGGAACAACGAAAACUUCCUCUUCUCUCCAAAAACCACCAAGACAACCAGCUCCUCCUCCACCUACACAGAGAGCUGCAUUGUCAACAGAGUCAGCAGCCUGCCCCCCUCUGCCUCUUCUACCUCCACCUCCUCUUUCACUACCACCUCUGCCUCCCCUUCCUCCAGGCUUCUGUCUGCAGCUCCCCCUGCAGGUCAGACCAAAGCAGCGCCCCGUGGCAUGUCUCUGUGGAUAAAGCUGUUCCUGCUGGCCAUUGUGGCUGCCUUCCUGUUCCUGGUUUACCAAGCCAUGGAGACCAACUCCAUCAACCCUUUUGGCACCUCAGACACAGAAGUGGCCAGCAGUGGCAGCACAGCAUAGAGAGCACAGGAAGAAUCUGAGGGAGAAACAGAAGCCUGCCUGCUUCUAUUUUUUCUUUUUUUUUUUUCCAAGUGUGAAUCUGCAUUGUAGCCAUUUUGUUCCUGGGCGCUGUGAAAUCAUCUGACAUCUUUGCCCUUUUUUCCUCAAGAUUUUGUCUUUUUCUUUCAAUUUCUAAAUCAGUUUUCAGUGAAUACCUUAAGAGACGCGACUUAGCCGUUUCAUUGACACUUCAGUGAUCUCCAUGACAUGUUGUGAAAGGACAGUGCCUCCCGUGCCGUCGGUCUGUGAGGUUACGACAAAGCCAGCCACACACAGUAGCUUUCAUAGAAAUAUGUGAACUCACUUUUUAUUGCCAUGUUUUUUUAUGUCAUGUUUGCAUGGUGCGUGUGUGUACGUAUGUUUGUAUUGAAUGCGUGUGGUUGCGAUUUUUUUUCACACUUUGCCUUAGUGUCUGUCUCUGUUGGUCAUUAACAGCCUUGAAGAUGGAGUUUGAACCUGUAUUUUUGUUUUGUACCUUACUUGACCAUCUUUGUUAAUGAGACAGGGAGGCUUGUUAUUAUAAUCCAAAUAUUUCUGAAUAUUCUUAAACCCAAAACCAAUAUUUUCUUAAUGUUCUCUUCUAAUAAACUGAAUGUCCCUAUGUAUUCUACUUUAUUAUGUAUUCACUGUCACAAAUACUGAAUAUCCACUCAAUAAAAUAUUAUGUUGUUACUGUG